UGCGGGGUCUGUCCCAAAGGGGCGCAGCACCCCCUGCGACCUGCCGUGUGAGCGUCUCUGGCCCUACUUUCUGGCCGCCUCUGGCGUACGCGAACCGCGGCAGAUGGCAAGUGGUGGCCAGAAGCGGAUAAUCCAGUUAACUGGAUUUAAAAAGCAAGAAAAAAAGGCACUGCUUGAAUUAUUGCUCAAACUGGACUGUGUGCUUAUUGAUUCUAAGAAAUACAGAGAUUGUACACACCUUAUAGCAAAACAGCUUUGCAAGAGUGAAAAGUUCUUAGCUGCUUGUGCUGCAGGAAAGUGGAUACUAACUAAGGAGUACAUAAUUAAUAGCGCCGAAAGUGGCAGAUGGCUUGAUGAAACAACGUACGAAUGGGGAUAUAAAAUUGAAAAAGACACCCAUUAUUCACCUCAAAUGCAAUCUGCACCUAAAAGAUGGCGCGAAGGAUUGACACACACUGGUGCUCCAGGGGCCUUCCACAGAUGGAAAGUUGUCCUCCUUGUUAAGGAAGGUGAUAAACGAAGGGAUCCUAUUACAAGAGUUCUAGAAGCUGGAAAGGCAACUGUAUGUUCAUCUCAAAAUGCAGGGAGAGAUAUUACUCAUAUAUUCAUCGAUGAUAAAAGUUUUCCUACAGAAAAAAAACUCCUUGAAGCUCAGUUUUACCCUGUGCGGUAUCUAGGAGAUUACCUUUUUGAGAAGGAAAUACAAAAUACUGAAGUUAUCCAAAUGAAUCAUUUUCUAGCUGCACAAGAAACCAAACAAAUCAUGUUUAACAUGCAGCUUGUUGAAAUGAAAAAUGCUGUGAUAAAACAUAUGUAUUUUGCUCAGACUGUUAAACGUAAGUCUACUCAAAUAGACCAGCUGAAUGAAUGCAAUCCAGAGGUUAAAAAUACCGACCUGUCCAGAGGUACACUUUGUAUACUUGAAGGACUAGUAGAAGGGUAUUUCUUUCCUGAUGUAAUCGCAGAACUUGCAGCUGGUCAAAAGUACUGUAUACCCCCUGUGCAACUUCUUCAUUCUCUUCUAGAACAUGUCUUGUUGGGAAAUACUGAUAAAAUAUUUUCUGCUAAACUUCUUCACAUUUUAUACCUUGUUCUCCAACUUGAUCCUCCUUGGAAGUCCCCUUCUGCGUUAAGGUAUUAUUUGGACCUUCUCCAGUGUCCUAUUUGUAAAAAAGGCACAUGGUCUUUGAUAGAGAUGCUUGUCAGGUCCUGCCUUUAUUGCAAAACCAUUUGUCAUGCAGUCUCAGUUUCAGAACAAGUAGAUGAACAGAGGAUGAUUCACAAAACAUUAUUGAAGUUUUUCUUUGAUUUAGUAAAAGCUGAAGUAGAGUUUCUGACAAAAAGUUUGUUUGAAGGGGCCAAUUCACAGCAUCCGCAAGUCAUGCCACAGACAGUUCUUCUGAAGACCUUUUGGCUGGGAAGCGAAACUUCAGUGCUUUUUACCAAACACAUAAAUAUUCUAGCAGAUUGGGUCAUACUUUCCCAUAGAGAAAUGAACAGAACAAAUGAUGCUUUCAGAAGUGAAAUAGCUAAUCUAUUAAAUGCAAUUCUUGGAACUGUAGUGGAAUAUUGGAUCCUCUCAGGUUUCCUUAUGAACAGAAACGUGUUUCGUCAAGUAGCUGAUGAUUUGGCACAUUACAUUGCCAUUUCAUGUGAUGACUUUUCAAUACAUGAAUUAAAAAUGUUCAUUUGUUCCAUACCAUCCCUCUGGCUUCAAAUGUUUGUUGCAGAAGCAGUUUUUAAAAAAACAUGUUUACAGAGGAAUAUACCUAUUUCUACAGAACCUCUUUCUCUUCAGAAAAUAGUCUGUUCCUAUUUGCCUGCUUUAGGGGAGGUAGGGAUGCGUGAGACAAGGAAGGAGAAAGCAAAGAAAAAGAAAAUAGGGCAGUGGUCAUGCCCCAAGUCUCAGAGGGCAUUACUGAUGCUAAAUGGUGAUAAGCAGAACCAAGUCGAAGUGCUGCCUGAUCUACCUGAGUUAUUCUUUAAUGAGCGCCCUCCAUUGAUGAAGAAGCUUAAAACAAAAGCAGAAUUGGAGGUUUCGUACACCAAAGAGAAUUGUUACCUUUUGGCUGAAGGGGUACAUUUUUACAAGACUAAUAUUAAAGGAGAGACAGCCCUGCAUAAAGCUUGCAUAAGAAACAAAGUGGAGAGAUUGAUUCAGCUUCUCUCUUCCCCUGGAACAGACAUUAAUGUUAAAGACUAUGCUGGCUGGACGCCUUUGCAUGAAGCCUGUAACCAUGGCAGCACAGUGUGUGUCCGUGAAAUUUUGCAACGCUGUCCAGAGGUAGACCUGCUCAGUCAAGUGGACGGGGUGACUCCUUUGCAUGAUGCACUGUCAAACGGACAUGUAGAAAUUGGCAAGCUGCUACUUCAGCGUGGGGGACCAGUGCUUCUACAGCAGAGGGACUCCAAUGGAAAAUUGCCACUGGAUUACGUUGAGUCCCUACCAGUAAAACAAGAACUUUUGAAUAUUGUUCAUCCAGAAGAGACAAUUGAAAACUUCUAUGAACGCACAGAACAGGACUUCCACAGUCAGCAGAUAGAACUGUGGUUAAUUUUAUUUAAUAAGAUGCUGCUAAAUUUUUGUUCAGUUUAUAAUCUGUCUUCACCCUUUACGUUAGCUCUCGGAGAGGUAGCCUCUUCAAAUACACUUCCAGUAAUGGCUAGUGACGACUCCAAGUUGAAAAAUAUAUUUUCUGCCGAUUGGUUAGUAGAUACAUAUCUGAGAGAAUUAGAAACUUUUCAAAAGCUUCCACAGUUUCUUCAAGAAAUAUCUGCACACAUGAUUGCUUUUUCUGGAGAACAGACGAAGGCUUUAUUAGCAACACUGGAAACUAUGGCAAUGGCAAAUCAGCUCUCUACUUUACAUCUUUUCAACAGUUAACUUCCAAGCCAGUUGCACCGGUUAAGUCUUGACUGUUAACCACUAGUAUUUGGCCAACGUUAUUUUUGUGGCAGCUAAGGAAGUAGAAAUUUCACAGCCCUGCACGAGACCAUAGUAGCACCUCCAACUAUGUCAGUACUUCCCCUAAUGGAACCCGGAAGUGGGAUGCAUUGAUUCAGUGCCUUCUUUAGCCAAAACUUUUCCACUGCCAAUGCCUUUUAGUUGUCAGACAGAUCUGGAUGUCUGUGACCACCUCAGGGGGAUGCUACGUCAUUUGCACUAAGUUAAAAUUUGCUUUUUCUGUCCUGAAAAAAAAAUCUCUGUUACCACUCUUGUGCCUUAAUACACUUUGGCUUUCAAAGGUAGCAAUCCUAAAGUUAACCUGAAUUUGACACCAUAACGCGCUGUUUUUUCUUACAAUAACAAAUGUAUAUCAACAGAUUUUAAUCUAUUUUAAUAAAACUGAUGUUCUAAAUAUCUGUCAAUAAAACAUAUGGAAAAAUUA